GAGCGGCCCCGCUGGCCCUGCUGGGGCCGCGGCUGGGGCACAGUGUCCGGCUCUGGGCUGCUCAGUGCAAGAGAGACAAGGAGUGCCGGAGAGGGUGCAGCCGCGGCCACAAAGAAAGGGCCUGGAGCAGCUCUUUUCAUCAGGAGAGGCUGCGGGAGCUGGGCCUGUUCAGUCUGGAGGAGAUUGGGAGGGAAUCUCAUGAAUGCAUGGAAAUACCUCAAAGGCGGGUGCCAAGAGGAUGGUGCCAGGCACUUCUCAGUGGCUCUCAGUGACAGGACGAGGAGUAAUGGCCAUAAACUAAAGCAUAAGAAUGCCAGUAGUGCUGACAGGACUGGAACUGGGCACUUGCACCACCAAAUGGACAACAGAUUACUUGAGCCAAGCUGAAGGAUCUAAAGAAGUAAAGAUUCAUGUUUCUGCAGUGCCACAGAUGGAUUUCCUCAGUAAGAACUUUGUGUAUAGAACUCUGCCUUUUGAUGUAUUUGUACGAAGAGCAGCUGAAGUCAAGCACAAGGAGUACUUUCUUAGUGAGGAUGAAAAGUACUAUUUGCGAUCAGUGGGUGAAGAUGUUAGGAAGGAUAUUGCAGAUAUCAGGAAGCAGUUUCCUAUUUUAGCAGAAGAUGUUCAUAUUCCAGAGUAUUUUGAGAAGGAACAGUUUUUCUCUAGCGUCUUCCGCAUCAGCUCAGCUGGAUUACAGUUAUGGACACAUUAUGAUGUGAUGGACAACUUCUUAAUCCAAGUCACAGGGAAAAAACGAGUUGUUUUGUACAGUCCUCGAGAUGCACCGUAUUUAUAUUUAUCAGGUACUAAAUCAGAGGUGCUGGAUGUGGAUAACCCAGACUUGCAGAAAUACCCCCUUUUUGUGAAAGCCAAGCGCUAUCAAUGUGUUUUGGAAGCAGGAGAUGUGUUAUUUAUUCCAGCUUUGUGGUUCCAUAAUGUACUUUCUGAGGAAUUUGGAGUAGCACUGAAUGUCUUUUGGAAGCACCUUCCUGCUGAGUCCUAUGAUAAGACGGAUACUUAUGGUAAUAAAGAUCCCAUGGCAGCCUCUAGAGCUAUUCAGAUCUUGGACAGAGCCUUGAAAACACUUGAAGAGCUACCUGAGGAAUACAGGGAUUUUUAUGCUCGGAGAAUGGUGUUACGUAUCCAGGAAAAAGCCUAUAGGAAUGAUUAUGGAUAAAGUAACACUUUCAGCAAGGUCCCUUGCAUGUAGAAAAUUGUAUGUUAGUAUGGUAUGGAAACUGUCCAUAUGUACUUACAUGCACUUUCUGUGAGACCAAUAAUCUGUCAAUAAACAUUCAUCUAUAACAAAGUU